UUACUAAAUUUAAAAGUGUUUUUCUAUAAAAAUAUUCAAUUUGGAUUAACUUUGUAUGAAUUUUUAUUUGGCGCAUGAAAAUCCCUAAUAAUUGUUGUUUACUGACAAUUAUAAAAAUGUGCUUCUAUUGAGAGUGUAUAUAACCACAAAAUUAAGCCGCCAUAUUUGUGUUUCUUUUUUUUUUGGUAUCAAAUUCAUUUGUUUUAUAAACGUUCUACAAUAUACAAUAAAAUAUACUAUAAUUUGAGACUCUUCCUGCAUUCCUGUGUAUAACUACCGUUGCUGUUAUUUGAACCCCGGCAGCUAUAGAUUCUUGUGUAUUUUUUUAUACAGUCUCUGGUGCUAUAUGCAGAGAUUUUCUUUUUUGAAACUGAAUUUUGCUGUUUUGUUGUGCUGCUGCUGUUUCCCUGCUGUUGCUGAAUAUUUCUAGGGUUGUUGGCUGUUCUAUUGGUUUUUGCGUUGCUGUGGUCAUCUUCUUGCAUAUUGUUAACACAUUUCUUCAAUAUGCCCCAAGUUAAUAAAACCUAUAAAUGUGGAAUAUGCCAGGAGACUAUUGCUAAAAAUCAGUCGAGUAUCAAAUGUAAUCAAUGUGCUCUUUGGAUUCAUACUAAGUGUACUGGCUUGCAAGAAAAUGCUCUUUCUUUGUUAAAGGACAACAUAUCACUUUCGUUCGCUUGCUAUUGAUAAUCUUUGUGCUGAAGUGAGUGCCAUGAAUUCAAAACUUGGCCUGUUCAUGGAUAAAGUAGAUGGUGAACAGAAUUCAAUUCAACAAUCAUUGAUGGAUACUAUUGCCAACUUUAGGAGUGAGAUGGCAUCAUGCUUUAAAGACAUAAAAUCGGAAAUUAUAAACUGCAACAAACUUAUACAACAUAUUGAUAGAUCAACUACAGAGAAGAUUGCUGCUUUGGAAGAUGAGAAUAACAUGUUACAUAAAAGAUUAAAUCGUGGUGACAUUGUUGUUGUUGGUUUACCAGCUGGCAUAAUUGACUUUGUUGACCCCAUUAUUAAGAUAGGGUUAAUAUAUAAUGUUCCUGUAUUGCCUGUUGAUAUUAACCACGCUUUUUAUUUUAAAAACCAAAAGGCUAUUUUGUUUAAGUUUAAUAACGUCUUUGUUCGUGAUCGCAUUAUGGUCGAAUACUUCAAAACCAGAGCUCUAAAAUUAUGUGACGUUAUUGGUGGUGAUAUUGAUUCACGCAUUUAUUUGAAUGAUCACCACUCCCCUGCUGCUGGUAGAUUGAAUAUUGUUUGCAAGAAACUUAUAAGAAAGAAAGUCAUUAGUAAAUUUAGAAUAUUAAAUGGUGAUAGACUACAAGUAAGGUUAACAAUGUCUGAUGGAAAAAAUAGCAUUUGUGACUCUGCCGAAUGUAUUGCUCUUCUUAACAAUGGAACAUAGAUGUGACUGGUUGAUGUGAUUCAUGAAGUUGGUUGGCUGGAAGUUUAUAUUUGGUGACUUGUAAAUCCUUUUCUUUGAUGUUUUCUGUAUAAAAAUAACCUAAUAUAUUUUCUAUAUACUAUGAAUUUAAUCAUAUGUGAAAUAUAUUUAUAUUUUCCCAAAAUAUCGAAUUUUAAAAUUGAUUUUCAUUACGAAAAUUAAA